AUGUCGCACGUCGAACAGAUCCGUACCGUCGAGCGUGUGCCAGGACACGACAACUAUUACGAGAAAGACGGCCUACGCACCUACGGUGACGGAAUCGACCAUGACCAUGAGCCGAAGAUGUCGUUCCCUCGUGCAAUGAGUUUGCUAGCCAUGGCUUUCCUUUGGACCGGCUCGCAAAUCCCGGUCUAUCUCUUUGGCGGCGUGCCACCAUACAUCUACGGUGAACUCGGUGGGUCAGACCGCUGGAUCUGGUUCGUGCUCGCAAACUUGCUGUCGCUGGCCGCCGUAUGUCCGUUUGUUGGCUCCAUCUCCGACCUCAUUGGCCGUCGAUAUGUGGCUAUUAUCGGUGCCGUCUUCAUCUGCAUCGGCAUGAUCAUUUGCAGUACCGCACACACCAUGAAUACCUUCAUCUGCGGCAUGGUCUUUGCUGGAGUUGGCGCUGGCAUCAACGAGCUGACCGCACUCGCCGUGACUUCCGAGCUGGCUCCAACCGCGAAGCGUGGCAAAUACGUCGCCAUCCUCAUCUUCACCAUCAUCCCCUUCUGCCCAUCGGUUUUGUACGGUCAGCUAAUCGCGUACUACUCGAGCUGGCGCUGGAUUGGUCUUAUCUGCGGCCUCUGGGCCUUCAUUGGCCUAGUGCUGACGGCAGUCUUCUACUUUCCUCCGCCGCGAGUAAACAGCCAAGGUCUUAGUCGCAAGGAGGUGCUCGCUCAGAUUGACUACGUUGGCGGGAUUCUCAGCGUCGCUGGCAUGCUCCUCUUCAUGAUGGGUAUGCAAUGGGGUGGCUACCAAUACCCCUGGAAGAGCGCCCACGUCCUCGUCCCGCUCAUCCUGGGCAUUGCCCUCCUUGUUGCAUUCUUCCUGUGGGAGGCCUAUGGCGCGAAGUACCCAAUGUUUCCUAAGCGUCUGCGACAAGAUCCUCGCAUCCUCAGCCUGACGCUCGUCAUCACCUUCAUCUCCGGCGCAAACUUCUUCUCUAUUCUGAUGUUCUGGCCGACUCAAGCCUUCAACGUCUACGGCCAUGAUCCAAUCGGUGUUGGUGUUCGUGGUAUCCCGGUUGGCUUCUCAAUCCUGGCGGGCGCUUGCAUCGUCCUCUGGCUGCUGUCUAUGUUGCGUGGCCAUAACCGCGAAUUGCUGAUCGUGUCGAGCAUUCUGAUGACAGCCGGAUGCGGUGCGCUUUCCAUUGGUCGCGUGGACAACCUUUACCAGCUCUGGGGUCUCCUCGUUGUCGCGGGCUUAGGUAUUGGCGGCAUCGUUGUGCCAGCAUCGAUCAUCACCACGAUCAUCUGCCCUGACGACCUCAUCGCCACCAUCGCGGCCCUCACCCUUGCCAUCCGCGUCAUUGGCGGCUCAAUCGGCUACUGUGUCUACUACAACGUCUUCAUCAACAAGUUCGUCCCAGCAGCGAUCUACUACAUCGGCGGCACCAUGUCGCUCAAGCUCAACAUCACGAACCCAGAAAUCAUCGCCGAGGCCAUCGGAAUCACGGGCACCUCGCUCCUCCCCCUUCUCGAAGAGCUCCCGGGUAUCAAAGGCCACCCGGCCGCGUAUGCGGCGGUUGUAUAUGCCGGUCAGCUGGCGUACGCCGAGGCGUACAAGUGGGUGUACUAUGUCAGUAUCGCUUUCGGAGCCGUCAGCAUUAUUGCGGCGUGCUGCUUGGGUGACAUUCAGAAGUACAUGGACGACCAUGUCGCUGUCGUCAUGUGA